AUGGACGCGCCUUCACCACAGCCGCGUGCGUCACUGAAAAAGGGUCUUCUUGGGGAGACUGUAGCACGCCGGUCCCCGAGUCAGUCUCCUAAGAAUAAAUGUGCAGCGGUGAUGGAGCCAACAGUUAAGCAUGCGCCUCCCGCUUCACCGCCCCGACGGCCAAAUCCAUACCGUGCCGUGGCAAAAGACUUGUCUCCUAUAAUGGCACGUCUGGAGCCUAAUAUUUUGAAGCUGUUUUCACCGAGUCACGCAGGAGCUGACAAAAAGGCUAAGGAUGCCCAGCUUAUACCUAAGAAACCCGCAGUGAUGUCUUGCAGUCUAUCGCAGCCAAGACUCUCUGACCCGAGGACCUCUCUCCAAAAUGACAACGAAGACGUGGGGUCCCCUCCACGGUGCUUCGAUAGCACACACUCGAUGUCCAUAGUCACUCCUCCAGAGACCAGAGAUCAACGACUCAAUCAGAUUCAAUCUAUGCUUGCAAUCACCAAUAUCAUGCUGAAUGUAUCCCCUGAGACUCUAGUGCUGCAUGAUCAGUUAUCUCAAGAUGUAUUGACGCAGGAAACACUCCAGGAGCUCUGUACCACACGCCAAAUACCUUCUAUUAAUUCUCCUUCCAGACAGCAGACUCUCGUUGCAUCUGAUUGGGUCGAACAUCCCUCCCCAUCUGGCCCAGAAAAAGAUAUGCAUCCAGUAAAGUAUCACAUUAUGGGCCCGUUCACGUUACCGAAGCUUUCGUUCAUCCAACAGGGUAUGAGAUCUACAGAGUAUGAUAAGGAGUCUCGAUACCUUGUUGGCCUUCUUUGCCAGCAACAGUGUGUGUCUCAUUAUAUAAAUUAUGAUACCAUGCUAUGCUACAGUAUACGACGCUCGCAUACGAACCUGCCCUACUCUACGAUUGUAGCCUUGGACUCCAUUAAAAGGAUAGUAGCGUUACAUAACUUGAAAAGAAAAUAUCGGCAAUACUUCAAUCUCUCGGCGCUACUAUUGGAUGUGUUGAGUGGUGGCAUUUUUAACGAAGAGCAGCUGUCCAGUCCAAAAGACUCCUGGUGUAAAGAUGCGUUCACAGCUCUGACGAAAGAUCAGCAGAGGCAGGUUUGCAACAAGCUACGGCUCAGAGUGGGAUUGGUGGUUGAUCACAUUAAUAACAACUGCGUGGUUCCCCAGUUUUGUGAUGAUAACAUUUCACUGGACUGUCUGAUGAACACGACAGGAAAAGAUGAUAAGGGCAUAAAAGCAGAUAAGUACAUCAACACGUUGACUAGUAGUCUUGUUACCCAGUCCUUUACUCGGUCGCUGUCCAAAAGGAGUGACUUUGAGCAGCUCCGGCGAAACUGUUACACGAACGACAUCAUGGUUGAUAUAGUCCUGAUGCACUUCUCGUUGAUGUUCGACACAUUCUAUGGAACAACAACUUUCUGUGCAUCUCCCUUCAUGUUUCUUGGUCCUUACAACUCCAUUGCAUCAACCUUCUAUCAUAACGUAGAUCUCCUGACACAGGGUUUCCUGGAGUCCACUGAAUUACCAACAGCGCGUACCAGGCUCUGGCUAAUUGACAUGGUGAUAUUUCCCAUAUGUUGUAAUAAUCAUUGGUCUAUUUACAUGUACAUUGGAAAGCAGUCUAAGCUGAGCAACGUACUUACAAAGCUAUGUGGCGGUGGAUCUAAGGAAACAGGGAGGCCAACCUUGAUAUGGGUGGACAACAUCCUUCAGUGUAACUCCAUGCUGCAGUAUCCGGUAGAUGAGAGCUAUAACAAACAGAUCAUACAGUACAUGAAUGCGCUUGAUAAGCAGCUUGGCUCCGAGGUCUCCACAGGGAGCCCCCACCCAGAACCAUUUACGAGGAAGUCUGUGGUGUCCCUGCAGAUUUGCCAGCAGCGUGACCAGUAUAGCUGUGCUUAUCACAUGUUCGUUCUUGUCUUCUCGCUUUUAUCAAUGCUCCAGGAUGGGUACAGACUGCCAGAUGAGAUGACCCCCGAGCACCUGGCAUCAGGGGACUGGACUGGUCUGUAUCGACAAACAUCUGCGAACGCAAUGAAGUAUUGGGUUCUCCAGUAUCUUAUCAACAAUUCUACAUAUGAAGAAACACAGGGUACCGCGAUCGACCCGCCCCGCACAUCCAAGCAGGCAUCUCUGGGUCUUAGGCCGGAAAGGUCCGAGAGUAGCUCGAGCAGUGUUCACAUCGUCACAGAGGACUGA